GUGACAAAACGUGGGUGCUCGUGGGCACGUGUCACGAUCUGUGACCAGUCGCGGUUGUCUUUGUCACGUGGUCGAGUAACCUUUGUUGACGACCACCAUGGCUCGUGCUGCUCGUGUUCCCCAAUCUCAACCGCUGUACGACGAUGAGUCCGAUGCUGGGACCGAGCCUGAUACCCCAAAGCCAAAACCUCGCCGCAGCGAACUUCGAAAACGUCUUAGCGAAGCCUACCAUCCUGAUCAUGACAGUUUCAUAUCGGAGUCAGGAGGUCCAGCAGGUCAAAAAUCUGUCGAGAUCAACGACGAUGCUGCGGAAAAGCGAAGAAGAAGAAAGAGCACAAGGAUGACUGUUCAGGCUGGACCAUCUUCAGAAGUAGUUGAUGGACAAGACCAGGCUGAUUCGUCUCGUACCGUCAAACACAAACUACAGCUCCCUGCUAUUCCCCCUCCUGUUAUCAAUAAGGAAGAUAUGGCCGUCACAUACGAACGUUGGAUGAAGAUAGCGACUGACAAUAAAAUUAGUGCGCAAAAUACCUGGGAGCUGAUGCUUAUCGAUUACUUCCACGACAUGUCUCUUCUUCGAAAUGAAGAUGACAACUCCAUCAAUUUUCAACGCGCCUCUUGUACUUUGGACGGUUGCAUAAAGAUCUGGACCAGUCGUGUAGACAGCGUGGGGACCGAAACUGCGAAAUUAGCCAGCAAUCUUGCUUCUGGUGGCAUGGGUGAUGAUGAUGGUGCCGACGAUGAUGGAUCGGAUGACCCCGAUGGCGACCGCGUUGAGAGGAAAAAGAAGAAGGCUCACCGUGCAGCUGCGACACUUGUCAGAGACCCUGCCCAAUUGAAGGCCAAAAAACUCGAUCUUGAAUUCAGCGUCGAUCCUUUGUUCCGCAAAACAUGCGCCGAUUUCGACGAAGGGGGUGCUCAAGGAUUGCUCAUGAAUCACUUAAGCUUGGGAGUUGGUCAAGACGGUAACCUCAGAGUGGUAUUCGACGCAAGUGAUUCCAUGAGUAAACCGGAAGAGGAGGAAGAGGAAGAGGAAGAAAAAGAAGACCUUAUUGAGCUGACUUAUCUGCGGAACGAGUUCAUGCACAAUCUAUCGGACUUGGAGUCCAGGGCUAUAUGCUACUCACUGGAUGAUUUCUCCUUCACUUCGAAAAAUCUAUCACAGGACGAAACUACUUUCUUCCAGGACAAUACUCGCUUCGAUAACGAGAAUGAAGAUGAUUUCGGUGUCAACUUUGACGCGAAUGAUACUGAUACUGCUCAGGAUUUCUUUACCGGUAACGAUGCAGUCAAUGACGACUUCGUGGGUAACAUGAUGGGAGACGAUUCCGGAGACGAUUCAAAUGGGAACAUCGAACCGCCAUCUGGAGAAGGAACAGGUCCCUACGUUCCGUUCGAUCCCCACCACGCACCGAAGGGCAAUGACCUUAUCCUCGCAAUGACAAAAGAUGCGGAUGGGGAGGGUAGUAUGAUGGACUAUUUCGAUAAAACGUUCCUAAAAAAUUGGGCCGGACCUGAGCAUUGGAAGAUGCGACGAACAAUAAAGCCAGCGGAUGCGGAUGCCACUGCAACAAAGGAGCCAAAACGCCGAGAGAAGAAAGAAGCCUUCAGAAUCGAUUUUCUUGAGCCCCGCACGGAUGAAGCAUCGACAACCAUUACUAAAAACCUUUUUGCCAAACCUGGGAAGGGUGCCUCCAUCAACCUACCUGGAACGGUCCCCAAUGGUUCGAAAUCAAGAAAGAAGGCGAAGGAAAAGGAGAAGAAGAGUGAUCAUAAACUUCCGGAUGAUAUGCAUUUCAGUAGCCGUCAGCUAGUUACUCUUUUCCUUAAGCCUAAGUUCGAACUGAAGAUGCGUGGACCUAAUACAAGUGCCAGGACCAAUGAGGAGCUCGAUGUUGAUUUCUGGGCCCAAGCUGCCGAUCAAGCGGCGCAAAGGAACGCCGACGACGCGGACGAAACAACAGGCCCUAUACCAUUCAACACACAAUUUUUCCAUGAUGAUUAUGACGACGGGCCUGGCUUUGACGAUGUGGACGACGGAUUCGGUGGGGGUGCAAUUGAUCCUGGUGAACAGGACCUUCUGGCAGCUUCCCAGGGCAUGCCGCGCCGGAUUAAACCUGAGGCGGUGAAAUACUCGAAACGAGCUAAGAGAGUCGAUGUGCGUAAACUGAAGGACAACAUAUGGAAAGGCCUUGAUAUCGUGGUGCCAAAGAAGAAGGAGGAAGAUGAGGACGGAAUGGACGUCGACGAGGAUGUCCAACCCACGGAGCCCACUGAAGCUCGCCAAUUCGAUAACGUUAUCUCCAACCUUCAAGCCGUGUAUCCUACAGACAAGAUGGCAGAGAUUAGUACAAGUUUCUGCUUCAUCUGCUUGUUGCAUCUAGCAAAUGAGCAAGGACUGCAACUGGAGAACCCUGCCGCUCCCGCUGAUGGUGAGAUUGAAUACGGCGAGCGUAAAGUUGGAAAUAUCUGGGAGCUCAAGGUUUAUCGAGAUCCCGAGGCCGCCACCCUUUAGUGCGGCUCAUCAUGUUAACUUAUUUUAUCCUAAUAUAUCAC